AUGACAUGUGGAACAGCACAAGCGAUUGUAAUUUGGGUGGCAGAAGUUGUUAGCGCUUUGGUCACGAGUGCAUGGUUACCAUGGGGUGCAGGAGCAGGCAUGGGCCUCAUCAGCUUCCUAUCUUGUGUUGCACGUUUCGUGGUUGCCGUGCUGCUAGUUAUUUUGACCCCAACUAUUUCAAUAGGCGCAGGCGCAGGCGGUUGGGUAGCCUAUGGCAUACUGAUAGUCCUUUGCCUUGUUUAUCUUACGUUGUUUCUGAUUCUUGUUAUCAAGGUCAUCGAAGCUGUUGUGCGCAUUCUUGGUUGGGUCGGCUUUGAUCACUCCAGACGGCCAGUCGAUAGCGGAUUGAUCGGUGUGCUUUCUCUUUUCGGAUGUUGCGGGCCACGGAGAGGUGGUCGCGAACGAAGACACUACAAAGCCACUUCAUCUCCCAAGGGUUCUGGAAAGUCGUUCGUCGUUAUUCGGGCACGGAAGCUUCAAUCGUCGCAACCCGAUACUCAUCCACACAUUCACAGGGUUAGAUACUCAACGGACGAAACUGGAGCCUGCUAG